AUGCUGCGGACUUUGCUGCUGCGGAGCCCAGCAGCAGCAGAAGUGGAGUUGAGUUCUGUUGAUGCUUUUCAAGGAAGAGAAAAAGACAUUAUUAUCUUUUCCUGCGUCCGCAGCAACCCGCAAAAGUCAAUAGGGUUUCUUUCGGAUCCCCGGCGGCUGAACGUGGCCUUGACUCGAGCCCGGUACUGUUUAUUUAUUUGCGGCAAUGCUGAGCUGCUGUCGCUGAAGCGGCGGCCAGCAGCAGCAGCAGCAGCAGCAGCAGCAGCAGCAGCAGGGGGAGCAGCAGCAGCAGCAGGGGGCGGGGCCGGCAGCGAGAGCCCCGGCGCCGAGGAAGCAGCAGCUGCUGCAGCAGGAGGCUCCGUGCUGCUGCAAGCUGCUGCUGCUGAGUUCCUCGAAAAAGUGGAUGUGUGGCCGCUGCUGCUGCUGCACUAUGAGCAGCAGCAAGCUGUUGUGGGGGGGGCCCUCAGCAACUUGAAGCCCGUGCUGCUGCAGCAAAAGCGCGCAGCAGCAAAAAGAAGGGAAGUGGGUUUCCGCGAGACUUCUGCUGCAGCAGAGAGGCGCGAGCCGCCUGCAGCAGCAGCAGCAGCAGCAGCAGCAGCAGCACCCGCAGCAGCAGCAGCAGCAGCAGACAAAGAAGGAGAGGCACUAGAGAAGCGGGUUUCUUUAUUUGUCUGCAUUCAUCUCCUUGCUGCUUGCUGCAGCAGCAGCAGCAGCAGCAGCAGCAGCAGCAGCAGCAGACGCGAAGCAACAGAUGCAUACACAGACGAGACCGCGACAGCUGCAGCGGGAACAAACGCUGCAGCAGCAGCAAGCGCUACAACAGCAGCAGACGCUGCAGCAGCAACAAACACUGCAGCAGCAGCAGCAGCAACAAUCCUAACAGCAGCAGCUGAAAGUGCUACAGGCAGCAGCAGCUGCAACGGCAGCAGCAACAACAGCAUCAGCGUCCUUUCCUUGACCAGCAGCAGCACGGGACGCAGUUGCUGCUGCGCCACAGAUGUUCUACAGCAGCAGCAGCAGCAGCAGCAGCAGCAGCAGAAACAACAGCAACAAAUGAAGUAG